AUGCCUGCUGAGAUAUAUCCCGGCACCAAUCCCUUGAGAGCACAAUUAUUGCUACCCUAUCGCGAGUUCCAUCGCCGGAUUACGUACUUUGAGCUCNNUAGAAACGGCUUCAAACCACGUAAGGAGAACUACAUCGCUCGUUCCUCCAUCAUCAUUUUACGUAGUUUGAGGUCGCUGGUUGACUCGAAACUACGUAAGAGGUACCAGUCCAUCCCUGUAACUGCUCACCGAUUCGAGAAUCGUACAUCCAUCUAG